GACAUUAUGAUGACAACUUGUCAGAAACAGAAGGGUGUAUGAAAAUAGAAAAAUAUUCCAAAUUAAUAAUAAACUCUUAAAAUACUUUUAAUGUUUAAAGUUGCGUAAACGAAAAUGAAUGUUAUAACAAUCCACAACAGAUACAUUUAAAAUAUGUCGAUCAAACUGUUUUGUGAGAUUUUUAAUUAAGGAUCAUAAAAAUGGACAUGUCACAUUCGAGUGGUAAUAUGAGUAUUGGUGCAGAAGUAGUCUAUGGAACACACGAAGAUUCUCAUGUUGUGAUGUCCGAGAAAGUUCAGUCUCUUGCUGGAAGUAUAUAUCAAGAAUUUGAGCGUAUGAUAGCUCGUUACGAUGAGGAUGUUGUAAAAACUUUAAUGCCGUUGCUUGUAAACGUUCUGGAAUGUCUGGAUGCAGCGUAUCAACAAAAUCAGGAACAUGAUGUGGAACUUGAAUUACUUAGAGAGGAUAAUGAACAACUUGUUACACAAUAUGAGAGGGAAAAGGGAGCGAGGAAAGCAUCCGAACAAAAACUUUUAGAGUAUGAAGAUGCAGCAGAAGGCGAACGCAAGGAACUUACAUCAAGAUUGGAAGCUCUAGAGUCUAUUGUUCGUAUGUUGGAACUUAAACAUAAAAAUUCUAUGGAACAUGCUAGUAGAUUGGAAGAACGGGAAACAGAAUUAAAAAAAGAAUAUUCUAAGUUGCAUGAGAGAUAUACUGAGUUAUUCAAAACACAUGUUGAUUAUAUGGAAAGGACAAAACUUCUCCAUUCAGGACAGCAACUAGCCAAUGAUAGAGCAGAAGCUGGCCGACUUAAUUCGAACCGCAUUAAUAUUGGUAGGAGUUCGGGGCCAAUAUCUUUUGGAUUUGCAAGUUUGGAAAAUGCAGAAAAUGUUGAUAGUGUUCCUUCAUCGCCAAUAAGUAGUACCCAUUCAUCAUCAAGUUUAUACAAGGAAAUAGAUAAUUCGGCAUCAAAACAAGAAGUAGUAAAAGUAGAAAAGUCGCAAGAAACAGAUUUAGUUAGUUUAGAAAAUAAAAGUAUGGUGACAUCUCCUGUAACUCCUCCAAACAAUAGUGGUGGGCGAAUUCAUACGAAGAAAGAACAACGAAGUGCUAACACUCUAUAUCAAGAACUGAGCUUUCAGGACGGAGAUGGAGAUGAUGAUACCGGUGACAUUACAGGUGGAUGGGUUCAUCCAGGCGAAUAUGCAUCAUCAGUCAACGACAAUUUUUAUGGUAUGGGCAAAGAGGUCGAAAAUCUUAUAAUGGAAAAUAAUGAGCUGUUAGCUACCAAAAACGCUUUAAACGUUGUUAAGGACGAUCUUAUUGCCAAAGUAGAUGAACUAACAGGGGAAAUAGAUAUGCUCAGAGAAGAAAUUCUUUCCUUGAACGUUUCUAGGACGAAGCUGAGAGAAAAAAUUAUAGAACUUGAAGAAGAGUUGCGUAAGCUCAAGGAAGCAAACGAUGCCAAACAGGAUGCAGAUGAGGAAGCAGAUGUACCGAUGGCGCAAAGAAAAAGAUUUACAAGAGUUGAAAUGGCCAGAGUUCUAAUGGAGCGAAAUCAGUACAAGGAAAGUUUUAUGGAGUUACAAGAAGCGGUACGUUGGACACAGAUGUUAAGAGCAUCAAGAGAACCAACGUUGGACAAACAUAGUAACAAAAGUAUUUGGCGUUUUUUUCAAAAUCUUUUCACGGGAAAUGAAAAAGUUCAAAAACCUUUUACGAUGCCUCCUUUGAAGUAUCAGACCGCAACUAAUCAGGUUGUCCCUGGAAUUAAAGCUUUGCCAAGGAUUUCGGAUCGAUCAGAGAUUGAAAUGGGUGAGAAAUACAGUCUGCGGAAGAAUCUAGAACGGCAUGAACAAUAUCGGCAGGUUAGAGCACACAUUAAAAAGGACGAUGGCAGAUUACAAGCGUAUGGCUGGAGUUUACCGGGAAAAGUAGGGACUUCCGCGUCAACAAGUAAAUCGGGAAGUGGUGUAGCAGUUCCUGUUCCAGUUUACUGUAGACCCCUAGCCGAGAGUACGCCUAAUAUGCGAAUCUGGUGUGCCGCCGGAGUCAAUUUGAUGGGUGGUUACACUAAAGAUGGAGGCUUAAUGGUUGGGGGAAGCGUUUUUUAUUCUGAAGAUCCACAAAUUGGUAACUUGAAGUCUCCAGAAAAUGAAGUGGAAUCUUUAGAUAAAGAACUUAUUAAUGAAAAAGAAGGUGCUUUAUUAGAGACACGUUUGUCUUCAUUAGUUUGGAUAUGUACAACAGCUCAACAAGCCAGUAUUGUAACUGUUAUUGACGCAAAUAAUCCAGCAGAGCUGUUAAACAGUUUUGGUGUUUGCUCAGCGCAUAUACUUUGUAUUGCAAGUGUACCAGGUGCAAGUCCUAGUGAUUAUAUUGAUACUCCGCUAGAAGUACAAGUGGAGGUACAAGAAUGUAAUGAAACGAAACCAGAGGAAAUUAAAACAGAGACGGCCGUGAAUAAUGAAAGCGGCGAAGGCAAAGAUGCAAACAAAACAAAUCCGAAAAAUGAAGAGGAACAAAAGGAAUUAGCAAUACUGGGUAAAGUAAUCUUUAUUAAAAAAGAUGAAAGUGCUGUGAAUAAAAGAGAUAAAUAUAAGCAAGAGCAAGCCGUUUCAAAUUCAGAGAAAAGUGAGCCUGUUGAUACGCUGAUAACUAAUCCAAAAUCACUUGAUGAAGAUAGGAAAAACGAAAAUACCGAUGAAGAGGUUUUAAAUACGGAGGAAACUAAUAAUAGUAACAACAAUAAUAACGAUAAUAUGGAAAAGAACGAGUACAAUACUAGUCAGGAGAUAAUGUCCAGCGUUUUAUCCACAAUGUGGAUUGGCGACGAACUGGGUAAUAUAUAUGUCCAUUCCUCAGUGGCUAACUGGGCUCAAAGAUUGCAUACUGUAAAAUUGAAAGAUGCUGUGAUUAGUAUAGUUCAUGUAGAUGGAAGAGUAGUUGCUGCAUUGGCCAAUGGACAAGUGGCAAUUUUUAAACGAAAUUCCGAAGGAGAAUGGGAUCUAUCACAAUAUUAUUUAGUACAUCUGGGUUUGCCGCAUCACUCUGUGCGCCACCUCGUGGCAGUUGGAGACAAAGUUUGGUGUGGUUAUAGGAACAAAAUACAUGUUUUACAGCCAAGAGAGUUGCAAAUUAUCCAUACUUUAGAAGCUCAUCCUAGAAGAGAAAGCCCAGUGAGACAAAUGGCAUGGUUGGGCGAAGGAGUCUGGGUUUCUAUUAGACUAGAUUCCACAUUACGUUUAUAUCAUGCCCAUACUUAUCAACAUUUACAAGAUGUUGAUAUUGAACCAUAUGUCAGCAAGAUGUUAGGAACUGGCAAAUUAGGAUUUUCUCUAGUCCGUAUUACAAGUUUAUUGAUAUCUUCAAAUAGAUUGUGGAUAGGUACUAGUAAUGGUGUUAUAAUUUCUGUUCCUUUAACUGAUGGAAACACUUCAUAUGCAAAUAUUGUCUCAAGAAAUAUGGGGGUAACAAGUUCUGGUGCCAGGAUAACACCUCUGCAUGGUAGUUAUGUGCCAUAUUGUACAAUGGCUCAUGCACAACUCAGUUUUCAUGGACAUCGAGAUAGUGUGAAGUUUUUCGUUGCUGUACCUGGUAACGAAGGUGUUAGUGCAGCAUCAACUCCUUCUGAAGCUAUGUCUGCGUCUGUUACUUCGGUUGGUGAACAACAAAAACAUCCACAUUCAAUGUUGGUAAUCUCAGGUGCAGAGGGAUAUGUUGAUUUUAGAGUUGGUGACGAAAUGGAAGAUAGUACAAUUGGAGAUGCAUCGACAUUUGCAAAUAAUUCUCAAGGAAAUAAGCAAGGAGAUCUUUGUCAUUUGAUUGUAUGGCAAAUUUCAACCAAAUAUCUGACAUAAAUGUAAAAACUAGUGGAAAGUGUAUCUUACUCCCGUUUGAAUAAUAAUAACUAAAGCCGAUGAUUCGAUUAAGUUGUUGGCAAGUUCUUUUGCGAUAAAUUUAAAACAUCAUGUAUUACAGUAGAUAUCGAUUGUAGAAUAUACAGGGUGUUUCAAAACAAAUGCGAAAAACUUUAGGGGGUGAUUCCUUGUUCAAAAUAAAGGG